AUGGCAGAGGGCAACGGGAACGGGGUGACCGGCUUCCUCCUGAAGGGACUGUCAGACUGGUCGGAGGUGCGAUUCGAGGCCUUCGACACCGUCUACUCGACCACGUUCCUGGACAACGGUGCCUUUCUCCUCGCCCUCUGCGCUGACCGCCGUCUUCACACGCCCAUGUACCUCUUCCUCGCCAACUUUUUAUUGCUGGACGUCUCCCGCUUCACGGUCACGGUGCCCAAGAUAUUGCAGGACCUUGCCACCAGAGACCGGCAAUCUCAUUGGCCAGGUGCGCCUUUCAGCUCUAUUUCCUGGUGGCCCCGGAGUGGAGUCUUCCUCCUGAAAGUCAAGGCCUCUGAGCAUCACUUGGCCAUCCUCCGCCCUCUCCGCUACAGUGUUCUCAUGGACGGGGGUGUUACUACUGAGACGUCCCUCCGGUCACGGGUCCGUCCCACUCUGGAGGUGGUCGGGAUCGGCGCCUUCUCCAUCACUUUAGGGUCCUAUGUCCUCAUCGUAGCCGCCAUCUUGAAGAGUCGCUCGGCCGAGGGGAAGCGCCGGGCCUGGUCCACCUGCACCUCCUGCCUGCUGGCCGUUGGCCGCUUCUACGACCCCGCCAUCUUUAGCUACAUCCGGCCAUCUUCUGGUCACUCUUCUGGAAGCGACGGGCUCGUGGGCAUGCUUUAUGGCUUUCCCAACCCCCUCGUCGACAGCCUGAGGAACGAGGAGGUCAAGGGGGCUCUCCGGAAGUUGCUGAGGGAGACAUUAGGCCUUGGAUUUCUUCAGAACCCAUAG